GGGAUGACAAGACCCAGCGCUUCUUCGAUCAGACGGUCACCGACCUCCCUUCUUCCUCACUCUCGAGCCGACUGAUCGUUCCCCAGCGUCUCGUCGCCACCGCUCCUCUGCAUAUUUCGAUGUGAUGAAGACGGGGUACAACUUCAUUCUCGGCACUCCGUGGUCUCGUCGGUUCCGCAGCACCGAGGCCGAUUGGGCGACCAACACUCUCGUUCUCAAAACGAAGUGUGGACAGACGUAUCGCGUACCUUUCAUAGGUACCACGGCGAUACCACGCCCCGAUCCUCCUCCCCCGAAGCCUUCAGUGCCCACACCACCCCCCUCUAUCACUGUCACCUCGCCUCGGCAGUUCGCUCACUUCAUUCGACAGGACGACGUCACCUUCUUUAUGGUGGGCGUGACGGAUCUCUUACACUAUGAUCCACCCUGUCCCGACGCCGAGCUCAUCCCUCUGGAGCCAGAUCCUCCCUCUAUCUCCAUGGCUCCCAUCUCUACUUCCGUCCCUCCGCCGUCCAUCGAGUCCACUCCGCCGUCGGGCGCUGACGCUGAUGCUGAGGAACUCGCACGAUAUACGGCUGACCUGGAGCCUGCAGUUUGUGACCUCAUCCGAGAGUACCACGACGUUUUCCCAUCGUCGUUCUCGUACGCCGGCAUCCCACCGAUGCGUGACGUCGAGCACUCCAUUCAGCUUGCGCCUGACUAUCGUGUUCACCACCAGGCACCCUACAGACUCUCGAUUCCCGAGGCCACCGAACUCAAGCGUAAGCUUGAGGAGCUCCUGAGACUGGGUUUCAUUAAACCCAGCAACUCCCCAUGGGGUGCACCCGUCCUCUUUGCUCGCAGAGCGGAUGGAACUCUCCGUCUCUACAUCGACUAUCGCGGUCUCAACCGCUACACGGUUAAGAACAGCUACCCCAUGCCUCGUUCCGAUGAGCUGUUCGACCGCCUAGCAGGCAACCGCUUCUUUACGAAGAUUGAUCUUCGUAGCGGUUACCAUCAGAUCCGCGUCGCUGCAGCCGACCAGUCGAAGACAGCGUUCCGAUCGCGCUUCGGCCACUACGAGCUUACGGUGAUGCUAUUCGGCCUCACCAAUGCACCCGCCACCUUCCAGAGGGCGAUGAACGACAUCUUCAGGGACAUUCUGGAGCAGUACGUUCUCGUCUACCUCGACGAUAUCCUGGUCUACAGUCGUACCCUUGAGGAGCACCUCAGACACUUACGCGACGUUCUUGACCGCUUGAGCAGACAUGACUUUUACGCCAACCUGAGCAAGUGCCGCUUUGCCCUGCACAAAGUGGAUUUCUUAGGACACUACGUGUCUGACCAGGGUCUCCACAUGGACGACGCGAAGAUCACUGCUAUUGCGGAGUGGCCCGCCCUCACAUCCGCCAAGCAGCUUCGCAGCUUCCUAGGCCUGACCAGCUACUAUAUUUAUGCCGCUCGGCACUGGCGGCACUACCUGCACGGGGCACCAUUCACGGUGCGCACGGACAACUCUGUUGUCCAGGCUUUUCUGACGAAACCGAAGCUCACUCCUCGACAGGCUCGCUGGUGGCGCGACCUAUCCGAGUUUAGUUUCACCACUGAGCACAUCAAGGGUGAGACUAAUCGGGUCGCAAUUGCCCUAUCCCGGCGCCCUGACCACGGCCAGGAGCAGAUCCAGCUCUCUUCCAUCUCGGUCACCACCGUCCACCACUCGGUGAUCGACGAGUUUCGCACUCAGUACCGCCACUGCCCCGACUAUCGCGACAUCCACGCGACCCUUCGGAGUGGCAAGACUGUCCCGAACUACUCUCUCGGGGACAACGGUCUCGUGUACUGGCACAGUUCUCAGGGCACCAGAGAGCCCCGUAUUUGCGUUCCCUCCACUGGACAGCUACGUGUCCGAGCAGUAGCAGAGUUCCAUGACCAGGCAGCCGCCGGUCAUAUGGGCUUCCACAAGACGUUGGCUCGUGUGAGCCGCCUGUACGUCUGGCCGGAGCGCAAUGACUUUGUGAAGGACUACGUCGCAGAGUGUCCCACCUGUCAGGAGGUGAACAGUGCGAACCACCUACCUUAUGGUUUGCUCCAGCCUCUUCCUAUCCCUGAGGGUUGUUGGCAGUCCAUCUCGAUGGACUUUAUCGRUCCUCUUCGACCUCCGACCCCCCGCGGUCAUCAUGCUAUCCUGGUCGUUGUCGACCGCUUCACGAAGCGUGCACGCUUUGUUCCGUGCUGCUAUGCCAUCUGUGCACGUGAGGUCGCUGACAUCGUAUUUGACCAAGUCGUGAGUGACCACGGCGUACCUCUGAGCAUCAUAUCUGACCAUGACCCGCGCUUUACCAGCCGAUUCUGGCGACGGCUCCACGAGGUGUACGACACUCAGCUCCGCUUCUCCUYGUCUUACCAUCCUCAGACUGAUGGUCAGACCGAGAUCACGAACAAGACUCUCGGAGAUAUUCUCUGAAAGAUUGUUCGUGACGACCAGCAGUGGGAYCUYCAUCUUGCCCACGCGGAG